GCAAAUGCAGCCAAAAACGCUUAAUCAAUUCGAAGCACUGAUCUUCGACGUCUAUGGCACUCUAGUUGACUGGGAGACGGGCAUAUACGUUGCGCUCCAACCCGUCCUCCGACGUGCAAACUCGCCGUUCUCCAAGAAAGAUGCUCUCCUUGCGUUCGCAGCUGUGGAGAAGGACCUCCAGGUGCAACACCCAGACAUGCUGUAUAACGAGCUACUAGCCGCUGUACACAAGGCCUUUGCAACUCGUCUCGGCACUUCUUCCACCUCCGAAGAGGACACCGCGUUUGGUCGGUCCAUUGAGCUCUGGCCUAUCUUCCCGGACACAGUCGCUGCGCUUGCCUUGCUUAAGAAAUACUACAAGCUUGUCGUACUCUCAAACGUUGACAAUCAUUCAUUCAACACCUUCACGCGUCCGACGCUCGAAUCGGGCGGCGGGACAUUCGAUAUCGUCCUCACCGCGCAAGACUUGGGUGCAUACAAGCCCGAUCCAGCGAACUUCGAAGCCGCACUGAAGACCAUCGAGGAGAAGUUAGGCGUGAAGAAGGAGAAGGUGCUAGUCACGGCGAAUAGCCUAUUCCAUGACCACGAGCCUGCGAAUGCGUUGGGUAUAUGCUCUGCGUGGAUUGAGAGGAACGAUGCAACGAUUGGGACUGAUUCGCAAGCGACGUAUGAUUUUCGUUUCAAGACGUUGGGUGAGAUGGCUGAGGCGCGUGCGAAGGAGAGUUGAUCCGUUUGUUCUAUUAUAUUAUGAAGUCAUGUAAAUGAUGCAGAGAUAUUUCAACUUCAACAAAGC